AUGGCAGCUGCGACUCCAGCGGCGUGCAAGGGGAAACGAAAGCGACACCUCUCCGAGGACGACGUGUGGCUCCUCCUCCACAGGUACCAUCCAGGGACGAUCCUGACGACGCUGCAGGAGGUGGCGCAGCACGCAGAUGGCCAGCGCAUCGACUGGAGGGCGGUGGUGGCGAAGUCGGCCACGGGGAUCACCUCCGCCUGCGAGUACCAGAUGUUCUGGCGCCACUUCGCCUAUCAUCACGACGUCAACGAGAGCGUCGACGCCGAUGACCAGCCUCUGGACGAUGACAGUGACCUAGAACUGGAGCUUGAACCCGAUCCCAACCUGACCAAGGAAACUUUAUGUGAGGCCUCUGCAUUAGCCAAGGUAUCACUUGUUUGGAAAGCAUACAGUAGGAUGGUCAUUUGAUUUUAGAAUUUAUGAUGCCAAAUC